AUGGUGACCAAAGAAGAAGAUUGUAGUCUUCCUCCUCCUGCAACAGAGCCGUCGAGAUGUUAUUCUCCAUCUUCGUCCACUCCUCUUGCGGAGUUAGAGACUGUUCGAAGCUUAGAAAUCGUCGAAUCUUCCUUUCUCUCUCCCGUUUGGUUACUCGUGAUCUUCUGCGUCAUUAAUCUGUUAAACUAUAUGGAUCGAGGUGCGAUAGCGAGCAAUGGUGUGAAUGGAAGUAACAAGAGUUGUAAUGAUAAGGGCAAAUGCACUCCAACAACUGGGAUUCAGGGACAUUUCAACCUAAGUAAUUUUGAAGAUGGUGUAUUGUCAUCUUCAUUUAUGGUUGGGCUUCUUGUUGCAUCACCAAUCUUUGCUUCAUUAGCAAAAAGCUUUGAUCCAUUUAGACUUAUUGGAGUAGGUUUAACUGUUUGGACUAUUGCAGUUCUUGGUUGUGGUAGUUCCUUUGCCUUUUGGUUUAUCGUCUUAUGCCGAAUGUUUGUUGGUGUAGGUGAAGCUUCUUUCAUUAGUCUUGCAGCUCCAUUUAUAGAUGAUAAUGCUCCUCAGACACAGAAAGCUGCCUGGCUUGGACUGUUUUACAUGUGUAUACCAAGUGGUGUUGCUUUGGGUUAUGUCUAUGGUGGAUUCGUUGGAAAACAUUUUAGUUGGCGGUAUGCGUUUUGGGGAGAAGCUGUUUUAAUGGCUCCAUUUGCUGUUCUUGGUUUCUUGAUGAAACCUUUGCAGUUAAAAGGGUUUUCUCCUACUAAUUCGACAAUGAGGGUUAGAUCAAUUGAAAUAAUGGCUUCAUCUAUACACUCAGAGAUAUCGAAAAACGACAAUCAGCUUCAAGUUGGUAAUGAGAUUGAGCAUGAUCAGUUUGAGGUCGCCAUUGAAACUUCCAAGUCAAGUUACGCGAACGCAGUUUGCAAAUCGUUUACUCAAUUCGCAAAAGAUAUGAAAGUUCUAUGUAAAGAAAAGGUCUUUCUUGUUAAUGUCUUAGGUUAUGUAUCAUACAAUUUUGUUAUUGGAGCAUAUUCAUAUUGGGGACCAAAGGCGGGUUACAAUAUUUAUAAAAUGAAAAACGCCGAUAUGAUCUUUGGUGCAGUAACUAUCAUUUGUGGGAUAGUUGGAACAUUAUCAGGAGGCUUCUUUCUUGAUCGCGUCACUGCAACAAUUCCAAAUGCUUUUAAGCUCUUGUCUGGAGCAACUUUUCUCGGGGCGAUAUUUUGCUUCACUGCUUUUACCUUAAAGAGUUUAUACGGUUUCAUCGCUCUAUUUGCCUUAGGAGAGCUUCUUGUGUUUGCUACACAGGCUCCUGUGAAUUAUGUGUGUCUACACUCUGUGAAACCAAGUUUAAGACCAUUAUCAAUGGCAAUCUCCACUGUCGCAAUUCACAUAUUUGGCGAUGUUCCUUCUUCGCCUCUUGUCGGUAUUGUUCAGGAUCAUAUCGACAGUUGGAGAAAAACCGCAUUGAUCUUAACAUCGAUUCUGUUCUUAGCUGCUGCAACAUGGUGUAUAGGGAUAUUCAUAAACAGUGUAGAUCGGUUUAAUGAAGAAGAAACUGGAAGCGAGAGUUCGACGAGGCAAGAACAAUCGAUUCAAACUCCCAGAGAUACUUUAGCUUAA